AUGGCCCGCAGCAAUGCAAACGGAGGAAGCCCUCGACGCAAGCAGCGGCCGACGCCCCUGCAGCUUCAUCAACAGCAGCACCGCCGCUUGGCUGACCCGCUUCGCGUCUCACUGCCACCUGCUCCGCCUCGCAGGUCCGGCCAACGCGGCGCUUACAUGGAUUGGGACCGUCCGUCUCACGAUCUCGUCCGCCGCUCACCAGAGCUUAAUAGCCAGUCUGAGCGGCGCCGCGACGACGGCCGGUCUCGUGAGCAGAACAACCAACACGACUCUGUCCGUGACCGUGGUCGCAACGGCUUUCUUCAACAGCAGCUGCUCCCGCCACUGCCGCCACCUCCCGUCCACGAACUGACGGGCUACGAGCGGGAGCGGCGCCGUGGAGAUGAGCGAAGCCUCUCUGUCGGCCCUCGUGAGCUCAAGUCUCUGCGCGAUAACACUUCCAUACGACCUCUUGGACAAGCCACGCCGUUGAAUCGAGCACACAUCCACGAAGAGAAUCGUGCAGUUGAGCUGACCCGUCUCAAUGCGGUCGUGGUACAGCGCAACAACACUAUUGCCGAGGCCCAGUAUCAGAAUGAACAGCUGAAGGAGGAGAUAUCCCGUCUCAAGAUGGCGGCCGCCCGCCGCCUGGAUAAUCCUCCCUCCUCCGAACUCCGGAAGGCGUUGCUGCAGAAGAACAUGGAGUUCGAAAAGAUGCGUGAAGCAUUGGGAAGCAGGACUGAAAUGGCGGUUGCACUACACGACAUCUGCAACCGCCAGCACGAGUUCCUCCGCGCAAUCGGCGGCAGUAUCUACGCCGCCGAUGCAGCACAGCAGCGGCAGUUCGAUGCGUGGGUCAAGAGCAACGAGCUCUAUAUGGCCCACGUGAAGAGCCAAAUUGCCUUUGAGACGGAUUGGGAGGAUAUGGUCCGCAGGGCCAAUGCGGAGGCUUUGAAGGAGAUCGGAAGAGCUGCUCAACAGGCGGCUCAGCACAUGGCCGGACAGAUUGGCCAACAUGCCGCGCAACGGUCUGGACCUCAGCAUGCACAGUACAAUAUCAAGCAUGCUGUUGAGCAACUCAUCCAAGAGGCCACCGAGAAGCUUGACGACAAGCCCAAAAACUCCACUCCUGCUGGAUGA